GGUAAUCACCAGUCGUGGAGCAGUUUCAAAAGGAGAGCGAGCGACAUAGUACUAUCGGCAUUGGUGACAAUGUUGCGGAUUCCCGGUAUAUCGUGGAUUUUGGCGCUCGGUCUCCUCCCGAGCAUCAUCUUAGCGAAAGGACAUUACUUCGGGGAAUGUCCCUCGGAGUACGGGGACAUGAGGCCAGUCCUCUUAGUCUCAAUAGACGGGUUUCGUGCGGAUUACCUGGACAGGGGCAUCACACCCAACAUCAAAGCCCUGGCGGACGGAGGGGUCACGGCCCCUCACAUGAUUGCGUCGUACCCGACGCUUACUUUUCCAAAUCACUAUACCAUUGUCACGGGUACGUACCCAGAGCACCAUGGAAUCAUCGCCAACAAUUUCUACGACCCAUAUUUCCACCAGACGUUUUCCAUCUCGACUAACACGACCAAAGAAGCGAAGUGGUGGGGAGCUGAGCCUAUCUGGAACACGGUGACAAACCAGGGAAAGCUCAGUGCGACCUAUUUCUGGCCAGGAUCCGAGGCACACAUAGGGGGCAAAUCUCCCACAUACUGGUAUGACUAUGAUGGAAGCGUAUCUUUCGAGGAACGAGUGGACAAGGUACUGGAAUGGCUUACGCUGCCUGAGGAGAGUCGGCCAUCUUGGAUAUCUCUGUACUUCAGUGAACCAGAUCAUACAGGACAUGGCUCUGGACCAGCGUCACAAGAGGAGGAUGAGCAGAUCAUGCGAAUGGACCUGAUGAUAAAACGUCUGUUGGAUGGCAUCGAGGCCUCUAGGCUGACGCCAUGCGUCAACAUCAUUGUCGUGUCGGAUCACGGGAUGGCUCAGUCUGGAGAGGAAUACAUCAUCAACCUUUUAGAUUACGUCCCAGACCUCAAGCACCAGGCGUAUUUAUUCCCAGGGGCGUUCGUUCGAAUUGACCCGAAAGAUGAGUCGGAAGGAGUCAAACUCAAGAUGAUGGAGGAUUUGGUCUGUCGGAGGGAAGAAAUGCGAGUUUUCGAAAGGGAGGGUCUCCCUACGCGCUUCCACUUCUCCAACAACAGACGCAUAGAGCCCAUAGUACUAGACCUUGAUCCCGGCUUCACUGGAGAAACCGGCUACGAUUUCUUCCUGAAUGGAGACCACGGAUAUGAUAAUUAUUUCUCUCUCAUGAAUGCACUCUUCAUCGCCUCUGGACCGGCAUUCAAGAAGAGGCUCAUAAUAGAACCGUUUCAAAACAUCGAACUCUACAACCUGAUGUGUCUGUUGUCAGGGGUGGAACCUGCUCCAAAUAAUGGCACGGAAGGAUCACUGUACCACAUCCUAACAAAUCCUCCGGAUGAACCUGUCUUACCAAAGGAAGACGCACCUCCAAGUUCCAUGUUUCCUGAAGGCGAUUUGCAACCUCUGCUCGACAUAGCCGGCUGUGAAGGGGAUUUGGAACAGCCUGAGGAAUGGCUUCAGUCCUUCGAUUUCUCUCCCGACGAAGAAGAGGCCCUUAGGUCCUACCACCUCCCCUGGGGCGUUCCCCAUUCGGGAGACCUUCCUGCCGACCUCACCCUCCUGCACCAUAAGGAUCAUGUCACAGCCUAUUCUCGGGCACUCCGCAUGCCCCUCUGGAGCAGUUUCAGCGUGAACGAGGUUCCCUCCGGCACUGGCGAUGCCCCUUGGAGCAGCGACGUUCGACUGACCGAGCAAAACACGGUCACGUGCCAGGACUACGAGAAUCUUCCACAAAACAUUACGAUGCAUCCAUUAUUCCCUCCCGCCAUGUCUCAGGAUGGCACGUUGAACAGAGUCCCAUACAUGGUGAGCAACGCAGUGCCCAUGAAUAUUCACCAGGCGGGCUUGUGGGAGUGGCUGACGGAGGGCCUGGUCUUCCGCUGGUCCGCUUCUCAAGGGCCCCUCAACGUGGUCCUGGGUCCUCUGUUCGACGAAGACGCCGAUUCCCUCGUGGACGACUUCGGCAAGUUCAGCAUCCCCGAGGUGCCCUCAGACAUGUUUGCCGUCGUGACCCGUUGCCUGAGCAGAGUGACCUCGAUUAACCUUUGCCCUACUGAUGCGCUGGAUGCCUGACCUUCUAUUUUCCCUCAGUACGAGGCUGUUGCUAAUUGCGUGGAUCAUUACAGGUAUACCCUAGAAUUUAGCGCCAAGGUCCAUGACGUGGAGCUUGCCACCGGCCUGACCUUCUACCCUGACCUAGCCUUCCACGACAGAGCUAGGGUCACGCUUAGGGUCACCCCCGAAUUGUGGCCAGUUCUUUAAGAUGUCGCGCUCGAUAAAGGUUCCAUGAUCUGGCAACUGAAGGGACCUGCAUUUAAAUUAUUCCUUUAUUUAUUUAAUUUAAGCAUUCUUCAAUUUUUCUUUUCUUCGUUUUUUCUGAUUUUAAACGGUCAGAGAUUGUAUUUGCGAAAUAUAUUUGAAGAAAAUGG